GCGAGCAUGCUGAGUCCGGCUCCAACAGAGAAAUACUCCUCCGACAGUGAUUCCUGUCACAAUGAUUCCUCAUACAUCCGUCAAAAAUACGCAAGGGGCAACGUGGCGCGAAGCCUCACUCUCAACGUCUCCUGUCCGUGUCCGCCGACUCCAUCCCACCGCCCACCCCAACGACCUUGAGCUCCUCACAUAUCUCUUCGUCACCGCUGCCAUCCUCGCCUUCCUCGUCCUCUCCCUCUACGCAGAACUUGAGCUUCAGCCAAUCAGCCCCUCGGGCUCUGCCGCCACAGCACGCGACAGAUAUUCACUCACUGACCUCGAACCACAGACAGCACAUGCUUGGUUGCGACGACGAAAUGUUGUAUAAAAAUAGUAACAGGGAUGGAGAGAUCCAUGUAUUCAAGCACAGCCCUGAGAUAGACCCCUACAUGCCUGUGAAUAGAUCAUCGAACUCGGAUUUUCUCAAUUUUCCCACGCGCAACUCGGUAUGGGCAGACGAUGCUGCCGCGGCGAUGGCAGGAACUCUGGUGUCCACGUCGACUUUUCAUAACCACGAGCCCCACCUGGAGGCUGAGUCUCAGAUGUUCAAACAAGAGCCUCUGUCACUGCGCCACUCUGAUGGGUUGUCGGUGCGUCCAAUGUUCGAUGUGCCUGCGUCAAGGCCUUCAGAAGAACCCAAAGUCUCCCCUCAUGACAAUCACUUCCGGUACCCUCCCUCGGAGCCGUAUGAAGUUGGGGCGGCCGUUAGCAGACAUUUAGAUUGUCAAAUGGUGGAUCAAAGGUACUUGAACCAAGGUUCAUCUUCGGCAGCAUAUUCAAGUCAGUUCUCAUCCUCCACGCGCUCAGUUCCCUCCUUCCCGCAGCUGCCCCAGCCGAGUUACAUGGAGCUGUCGCCCUCAACGUCUUCUGUAAACUCUCUUAAAGCUCGCAGUCUUACACCUCCGUGCAAUCAAGGACAGCUUGACUGUACGAAACGCUAUCGCCCAUACCCGAUGCAUUCGCCGCGAUACUCAGUGUCCCCUCACGGCUUGAUGGAGAACAAUUUCUGUCCACCAGCCCACACACACCCACCUGCUCACUCCUCCCAGCUCCCUCAACACUUCCGCCACACACAAAAACACGAGGAACAAAGAGAGGGAGCCAGACAUUCAACGCCGCCCAACCCGGACGUUCUCCGCUACCACAUCCAUCAACAACUUUCACCUCCUACAGACAAAACGCAACAAGCUUCUACACUCCCCGUCACCACAGCAAAGGAUAGACUUCCAAAGUUCAAAAUGGAGCCGUUUGUCGGGGAACAGGACGAGCCGGAGGAUUUGUCCAUGAAGCCAAGCAGCACGAAAGACGAGGGGGCCACCGAACGUGUGGCUCUCUCGAGUACCCUCAAAGGAGCAGGUUGUAAGAAAGACUUUCCAAGAAGCCCGGAACAGGCAUCGGCGGUGUCGCCGGACAGCUCUCAGAUGGACUUCAAAGACGGAAUAACGAACAUCAAGAGCAGUCCUAAACUGAUGAAGGCUGAGUACCAGGAUGAAGUGCACUCUGCUUUUAGCAGCAGUUAGCAUUCUUACCGGAGAAGAAGAGGAGCCGAUAAACUUGUGUCUUGUGCAUUAUCUGUGACCAGCGGCCCCAGGCUCAUGGCCAUUUGCCUCUUCCUCCCUCGCAUUAGGAACAGGCCGCCAAGAAGAGCUCUCCCGCUUGUCUCUGUUCUGGGUGAUCUUCUUCGGCUCCAGCCAGCUGUGUCCCAUAUGCCUGAGAUCUGCCUCUAGAUCUCUCUCCCAGGUGGAUGUCUGCCUUCCCCUCUUUCUCUUCCCCCUGGGGUUCCAUCUGAGGUUUAUCCUAUAAUGUUGUGUGUAAGCUGGCCUCCAAGCUCCGUGGAUUAAAAAUAGUUUGGCUCAUCGCCCUGCGCGUAAAAGACAGGAGUUCAGUUUCUGCUGGGAUUCUGUUCCCAAUCAGCACGAGAAGGCCCUGAUGGGCAGGUUUGAAGCAGCCUGUCUGCUAUGUGUCCACAUUCCGUCGAUGAAGCCGUAAAAUGUAUACAUUCCUCAAAAUUAUACGAAUAUCGCCUUGCUCAAAAUCGUCGACCUAUUCAAACAGGAACCGUGGUAGAGCUCGACAGUCUUAAAUGAUUAACUGUGUUUGCACAACAAUUUUUGGCAUAUCGCCCAAAGAGAAAGAAGACAAGACCGGUGUACCGGUGAAGGGAACGGAAAGAGUUAGCGCAUUCACUCGUUCAUCGUGUCUGAUGCUGUGGGUGGCAGUUGUGGCUCCACUUCUGUUGUGUAAUCAUUGAUCUCUCGGCUAACGUAUGAACAGUUCACUCUCACUGAUUCAAGUGAUAUACAACAAGCAUGUGUAAUUUCUUUUAAUGCUGACUCGGGAACAUUGCUUGGUCUUUGUGUUGUGUCAUGUGCUGUGAAAUAAUAUUAUUUGAAUCCUAAUUGUGUUACGACACGGUGGAAUCGAGCAAUGGUCAAUAUAAUGAUGUCUGAAAACUGGCAUUUUUUCGCUGCUUAACACCUUUUAUGUCCAUUUAAAAACACAUUUGUGUAUGGAUUUUCUGGAAACAUGUUGAUCGAAGCAACCCGAACAAAAUGUAAUUUUGCUGUUUCCAUGGCUACUCAAGCUUUGGAAGUCGCCAAACUUUGGCGGACGUUUUCUCGCUUAUUUUACCUCUGGCACCAGGUGACUCCUUCUAUUGAAAAAGUCUCAACUUUUUUUCAAGACAGGUGGGAAGUUUUUCAUGAAAAGCAAGCCAAAUGAAAAAGCUUUAAGAUGAUACCAAAAAUUGACGAGCGCCUUAUUCCACUGCGUCGUGGCACAGUUAGUUAGGGUUCUUCUGAAAGGAGUGGGGCCCUUUUGCGAACUGAAACGUUCCACCGGAUGUUUGUUCAGUUACUACUUUUAUGUGAAAGGGUUUUUAUUUAAAGAAUCAAACAUAUGGCCUUUUGUUUGUCAAUAAAUAACGGUGCGUACAUAUUACAUUCCAUUUCUCUGGGCACCUUUACUGCAGCUCGGGGAAAGAAUAAAACGUUUUAUUGACUGAUGUGUAUAUUCCGGGCGGAUCAUAAGUGUGUGGGUGAGUUGUUGUUGGAUUUUUUUCCGGGGGGAGGGGUGGAUUUUCAUUCGUUUUUUGUUUUGUUUGUUUUGCUUGGGUAAAGGUUUACGGUGCUAAUGUGUAGUAAUUCUAUUGUAGAAUAACCAGUUAAACAGUGGUUUACUUAACUUAUCCAAAUCCGA